AUGGGCACGAGAUCGAAGCUGCGGGCGUACUUCCACACCGAGUACCACCACGUCGAGCGGAUGCUGGUGCAGAAGAUCGACUUUUUCAUCCUCACGUUUUGCUGUCUGAGUUACUUCACCAACUACCUGGACCGUUCCAACCUCAACAAUGCCUACGUAUCGGGCAUGAAGGAGGAGCUCGGCUUCGUCGGCGACCAGCUCAACCAGAUCACCACCUGCUUCACCGUCGGCUACGUCGUGGGCCAGAUCCCCGCGAACCUGUCGCUGCACUACGUGCGGCCGCGCAUCUUCUUCCCGGCCUGCAUGCUGGCCUGGGCCGGCCUCACCAUGGUCACUGCCGCGGUUCACAGCCCGCAGAGCAUCAUAGCCAUCCGCUUCUUCCAGGGCUUCACCGAGGCCACCACCUUCGUCGGGACUCACUACAUUCUCGGCUCGUGGUACACGGAGCGAGAGCUAGGCAAGAGGUCCGGCAUCUUCACGGCGUCUGGGUUGGCGGGCACUAUGAUCGGCGGCUUCAUCCAGACUGGGAUCCAUUCAAGUCUCGAUGGGAAGAAUGGCCUGAGUGGGUGGCGGUGGUUGUUCAUCGUCGACGGCCUCAUCACCCUCCCCAUAGCCCUGUGGGGCUUCAUCUUCUUCCCGGACACGCCCGCCACAACAACAGCCUUCUACCUGACGCCCGCGCAGAAAGCCCUCGCCGUCUCGCGCGUGCCGCCCGUCCCUGACCGCUCCCCGCUGUCCCUCGGCUUUCUCAAGCGCGCCCUCUCGUCCCGGCUGCUGUGGGGCUUCGUAAUCCUCUGGAUCCUCGCAGGCGAGACCGAGUCGUUCAGCUCCAACGCGCUGAUGGCGCUGUACAUGAAGGCCCAUCCGACGAAACACUACGCCGUGGCCCAGCUCAACAACUAUCCGACGGGCGUGCCCGCCAUCGGCAUUGUCAGUACGCUGUUCUGGGCCGCGCUGACCGAUUACUUGGGCGGCCGCCGCGACCUCGUCGGCUACUUCAUCGGCGCCACCGGCGUCGCCACGGCGGCCAUGGUGCUCGCUGAGGCGGCGCGUCCCGCCGAGGAAGGAUCCACGGCCGUUGUGUUCGCGGCGUAUUACUGGGCCGGCACCGUCUACGCGUGCCAGGCGACCUUCUUCGCCUGGGCCAACGACGCGCUGCGCUACGAGGAGCACAUGUUCCGCGCCGUCGUGCUGGCGGCCAUGAAUCUGGGCAGCAAUGCCGUGAAUGCGUGGUGGAGCAUCGUGUUCUACGGGGCUUCGAUGGCGCCGUGGUUUCGGAGGGGUAUGUGGGCUAUGAUCGCCGUGUCUAUCGCCAUGGCCGUGUGGACUGCGCUGCUCUCGUAUAUGACGGCAAAUCACGAGAGGGCGCGUAAAGCAGAGAUGGCGGAGGAUGCCGUUGUUGGGGAGGAGAAAGCAUCCAUAUGA